UGUCGCCCAACGGCAGUAGGACAAAGCAUUUACUUCGGACAACGGAAAUCCUUGUGGCGUCCCAACUCAUCGCCUGGAACGUUCACCGGCUUCCCUCCCAAUGCGUAUUGCCUUGAUCUUCUUACCUUCCAGCCCUUCUGACAAUAUACAGUUAAUACCUUUCAUAUAAGCUUAUGAUCAGACGUUGGCGGUGUGACCAGAAGCUUGGUACAUGACUAGGGCUCUAUCCUGCGCUUGUCUGUCUUCUUGAGGAGACAUAAGCGCUUUACUCUUAAGCUCUCGGUAUCUGCAACAUAACUAGCAUGGCAAUGGCAUGUGACUGUGAACGGGCGGUACCCGCCCUACAGGGGUUCCACAUGCUGAACUCAAAGGCGCUUACCAAAUGGGAACUCGACAACGGCUCGCUCAUCAGCUCCAUCGGGAUGUGGAGGAGCCCAUGCGGUGUCUUUGCUGGCAUUUACGCGCACCUAUACGAGAGCAUGCAGCAAGGGCAGCCUAGCGAGAUGCCCAUCAGGAUCAGGGACCCCACCUGCGCCACCGUGUUCGUUGUGACAGCGGCCGCGUACCCAGAGUGGCCGUACCUCCAGCUGACGCAGAUGAGCUCCCUCACUCGGCAUUUCAAACACGUGUGCGGCGGCCCAGUUGAGGAGGGGGACGUGCUCAUCUUCUCACCGCAUGGCGACGGUGACACCGCCAUCUUCGACGUCUGCCUGCGCCGCGGCUGCACCUCAGCACAACCGCCGCGGUCGGCAUCCGAGGACCUUUGCCUGGCAGAGCUGGAGCCGGAGGGACGCGCGGAAGCGGCAGCAGCCUGUGAGUGCAGCAGCAGUAGCCAGGGCACCAGCAACGGCUGGGGUACGGGAGAAGGGACGGCUGGCAUGUAUGGCCUGCCCGACGACUUGGGAGAGACCGGUUCAAGGUCAGUUGAGCAGCGUUCGCCGCAGGUACCUACCCCUGCGUCCGCUGCCCUGGGUGCGCCCGGCACCCGGCCGGCAACGCGGACGGGGGCCCGCCAAGGUGGCGGGGACAGCCCUGACGCUGGCAGCCCUAACGCCCAUGGCGACGCGGAGAGGCAGGGGCAAUCCGAUGAGGUCUGCUACCACAAGUUGGUGCCAUCAAACGUGGCGUGCAAGAGCAUCCAGUUCACCGCGCACAUGAUGCGCACCGUGUUCAAGGACCUGCGGACGGACCCCACCACCACCGCGUUCACCCUCUCGCUGGACCCCAGGGACCCGCAACACCGGCAAGAGCAGCAACAGGGCGGGCAGCAGCAGGAGCGGCAACAGGGGUCAGACCAGCAAACAUCAUGGAAGAUUCGCUUGAACGAUCACAGGAAACGCAGGACCUACGGCUACGGGUUCGGCCCCGUCCAGGAGCGGCUGCGCUACGGUGCCGGCAGCGUGCUGGCCUUCCGCCGCGACACCAGCGGCCCGCUCCGCUACUUCGUACGCCUGCUGCCGGGGGACGCUGCUUCAGCUCUGGCCGCCGAAGCAGCAGCAGCAGCGAGAGCAGCAGACCCAGCAGCAACGGGAGCAGCAGCAACGGGAGCUGCUUCAGCCCCACAGCAGCAGCAGCCACAGCAGCACCCGGCCAGUGCUGCGGCGUGCAGCGGCCCUGCCACUCCCACCCAGCGCCACCCGGGCCGCCCCGGUGCAGCCAGCAACCACCCUGGUUCAGCCCUGCCGGAAGCUCAGCCGCGGGGGGCAGUUGUCGGGAAGCGUGUGGGAAGCAGCGACGAGGCCCAUGUUCGGGAUAACGGGACCACGACGGCAGAGCCGCAGGCGGCUGCGGCUGCAGCAGCGGGACCAGGGACCGCAGAGGCUGAAGGCGGGCAGGCUGCGCGUCCGGCGAAGCAGCGCCGUGUCGACGCUGCUGCUAGCGCUGGUGGUGUGGCGGCUGCGGGUGGCAGCAGCCCUGACGACCUGAUCUGUUUCAGGAAGAUUAUGAAUUACAACAUGAAGCACAGGCGUGUGAAAUUCACCCAAGACAUGCUGUCCACCGCCUUUAAACCCCUUCUGGACGACCCCACCAUGAUGGCCUUCACCCUCCUGCUGGACUCGGAACGCGACCCUCACCCGCUCCCCGGCGGCUCCGGCAGCUGCCACGGCGGCGGCGGCAAUGGAGGCGGCGAUGGAAGCAGCCAGCAGCCAAGCCCCGAUCCGCAACCCUCCUGGCAGAUUACGGUGGGCCGGCACGACAAGAAGGGAAACACCGUGGGGUACGGCUACGGCCCCGUGCAGCAGCAUCUGGGCUACAAGCCGGGCGACGUGGUGAGGUUCCGCCGUGACCCCCACGACCCCAGCCGCUACUACAUCCGACUGGUGUCGAACCUGUCAUCCACGGCAGCAGCAGCCGCGCCUGCAGCAGCAGGGGCACCCCAACAAGCCGCACAGCCGCCGGAGCCGCGUCCUUCACAGCAGGAGCAGCAAUAGCAGGGGUUCCCGCAGCGCCAACAAAACGCGUAUGCAGAACGGUAGGGCCCUGCCCUGCCCAGCGGCGUCGCUAGCUCACUUCCUGCGGCCGCCGGCCCGACUGCAGGUGCGUUGGUCACUGGAGCCUGACCCAUGGGUCGGUCCCACAGCGCUUGUCGAGAAGGGCCAAGACAGAGCUCCAGCAAGCACAGGUACUCAGGUAGCAGUUUGGCAGGCAUAAUGCUUGUAAUAUAACAGCAGGAGCAGUGCACUUAGUAAGAGCCGUCGGAGUAGGUUUACGACAAGCCACAGUUGUGGCCACAUGCGCAAGAGGUGAUUGUCGCAUUCCCCAGCCGUAUAGUGCCAGGCAGGCGCGGGGCAUAGUGCCAUGUAGCAUGUUCGACUCGUAGUGUAGAAUGUACAGCGCCGCUGCUGCAAAGCGGUUUGCACAGCAGAGGAAAUAGUAUACGGUAGCCGCCGUACCUUGCUUCGCUAGCAUGACAAAUGCCAUGACGCUUUUGUCCAUAUGGUUUAGCCAAUGUUUCGUUUAUAUCUUAGGCCCUGUGCCAAUCUUCUGGACGCCUCUCAAGGGCGUCUACUGUCGGCUCUGUUUGUUAGUGUUCGCAGGAUUUAGGUUGUACGGCAUGAGGGAAGGAGUCGUAGGGCUCUCACGCGUAUCAGCACUCACUUCAGUCGUUGAACAUGUGCUAGCGUGUUGUAUUGUUUCUCAUUGUACCUGUCCAUCAACACUUUCCCCAUGGGCGCCAAAGAGGUGCGCUUGUUGGGAUCAGAGAGACUUGGGUUGCCUGCGCGCACGUCAAGUGUUGCUGUACCUGGGGUGCCGGCGUGCACCCCGUAAGAUGCACAUUUCAAAUGACAACUGGGACA